CUAAUUAUUCCAUAGUUCGAAAGGCAGUUUGAUUUCUUAUUUAUUUAACAUUUUCGUUUUCGAGAAUAAUUCUAUUUUGGUUGAAAACCUCCUAACACAUCCACAUAAAUAACGGAAGACUCUCAUCGAAAUGGCAGAUUCCAGCAAAGCGCUCAAUAUUGGAGAUGAAUUCCCAAACUUUCAAGCUAACACCACUGAGGGGCCCAUUGAAUUCCAUGAAUGGAUUGGCAAUUCCUGGGCCAUUCUAUUUUCACAUCCAGCCGACUAUACACCAGUGUGCACAACAGAAUUAGCGCGCGUAGCCACACUAUUGCCUGAGUUUGCAAAGCGCAAUGUUAAACCAAUUGCUUUAUCUGUGGACACUGUCGAUUCUCACAAAGAAUGGAUUGAGGAUAUAAAAAGUUAUGGAAAAUUGAAGUCCUUUGGCUAUCCUAUAAUUGCUGAUGAUAAGCGCGAGUUGGCAGUCAAGCUAAAUAUGCUGGAUAAGGAUGAGUUAAACAAAGAUGGCAUUCCGCUAACAUGUCGUGCUGUUUUCGUUAUUGAUGAUAAAAAGAAAUUACGUCUUUCAAUUUUAUAUCCUGCUACUACUGGUCGCAAUUUUGAUGAAAUAUUGCGCGUUAUUGAUUCACUGCAAUUAACCCAAAAUAAGUCUGUUGCCACACCAGCGGAUUGGAAACAGGGAGAUGUUUGCAUGGUCUUGCCAACUGUCAAGGAAGAGGAUGUUUCACAUUUGUUUCCUGCAGGCGUUGAAGUCAUUCCAGUGCCAUCGGGCAAAAAAUAUUUGCGUAAAACACCGCAACCUUAAGCGUAUAUUAAGUAAGAUUUGCCUUGAAGCUUUGAAAAAAGCUUGUUUUUUAAUGUUCCUUUUUUUUAAAUAAAACUAUAAACAUCUGAAAUAUCUUGAACAAACAAA